AUGCUUUUGUAUAAGUUUUAUUUUUUAUACUUUUUGCUCGUACAUUUGUCGUUAUGCAUACGUUAUAGAAAUCAAAAUAAAACUGAUUCUUAUUUAAAAACAAAUUAUAAAUUAUUAAAAAAGAGGAAAAAAUAUGAAAACCGUAGAUAUAAAUUUCCAAAAAACAGAAAAGGAAAUAAUAACAAUAUAUAUGAUGCUAUAUAUAAUAAUAAUAAAAAUAAUAUAUAUAAUAAUGACACAUAUAAAAAUCGAAUAUUUUUUAGGAAUGAGAAAAAUGAUGAGAAUUUUAUCAAAACCAAUAAAUAUUCUUAUUAUGAAAAAAGAAAUAAGAUCAAAUUAAAUAGUGCUACUAGCACCUUUGUUUCAAAGUAUUAUAAAAUAAAUAUUAAUGAUGUAUAUAAUUAUUUACAUAGAAAAAAAUAUGAAUUUAUAGAAACAGAUAUUAAGAUAACGUUAAAGUAUUGUCCAUUUUGUCCUCCACAUAAAUAUAAAUAUGAUAAUAUGUAUAAACAUGAAAUAUUUAAAAACACAGGAAACAGUUAUUGUCAUAGAUGUGGAUAUAAAGGAAGUUUCUAUGAUUUCAAAUUGAAAAUGGGGGAUCUAAUAACUAGUAAUUUUGAAAGUACCGUAGUACAUAAUAAUAAUUUUUAUGAAGAACAAGAAGAAAAAAUAACAUUAAAUGAUGUAAAGGUUUAUAAUAUGAAUUUAUUAUAUUCAAAAGAAGCUGAAAACGCAAGGAAUUAUUUAAUGAAUGUAAGGAAGUUAAGCAUUGAUACUUUAAAAAAGUUUUUAAUAGGUUUUUCUGUUAUGGAAUUUCAAUCUUUUGAAAGUUCUGGUAAAUUUGAAAAGCACGAAUGUAUUAUAUUUCCAUUUAUAAAAAAAGUAGAUGAAAUAAAUAUGAUAGAAACGAACGGAAUCAACAGCAACAUGAACAACAUGAGCAACAACAACAACAACAACAACAACAAUAACAACAAUAAUAAUAAUAAUAAUAUAAAUGAUAAUUAUGAAGUGGUACGAAUAAAAAUUAGAAGUUUAAAGGAUAAAGGUUAUAUGAGAUUAUAUCCUAAAAAUGUUAGAAAUGAAAUGAAAUUAUUUUUUUUUGGUGAUCAUUUAAUUAAAAAUUCAGAAGAAAUAGUUUUGACAGAAGGAGAAAUUGAUGCCAUGACCAUAAGUCAAGAAACAAAAUAUCCAGCUAUAUCUUUACCAAAUGGAUCAAAAUCUUUACCUAUAUAUUUAUUACCAUAUUUAGAAAGGUUUAAAAAAAUACAUUUAUGGCUAGAUUUUGAUAAAGCUGGAAAAUCAAGCGUCUUCAAUUUCGUUAAUAAAAUUGGAUUAGGAAGAACCAACGUAAUUACGGAUGCCAAUGUCCAUUAUUUAAAUCCAGAUGUUUUUAAGAGAAGACAAAAGUCAAGGUUAACCAAAAAGAGUCUUCUCCUUACAUCGAUGGCUUCUAAUGCUAUGGAGAUACUUCAAAAAGGUAAAGAAGAAACAAUGCAUAAUAUAUAUGAUACUACUAAUAAUGACUAUAUGGAUAAUAAUAUACUGAGUAAUAAUAUAAAAAGUAUAAGUAGUGACAAAAUAAAGAAAAAAGAAGAAAUUGAUCCAUUUAAUGGACAUAAAAUUUCUAGCAAUAAUAUAAAUGUAAAUAUACUAAAAAACAAAAACAAGGAAACAGAUAAUAUAACAAAUAAUGAAAAUAAAAGUGAUAAUAAUUUGAAAGAAGGAAUGGAAAAAAAGGCGAUACAAAAUGAAAUAAGUGUAAUUGAAGAUAAUAAGAAAAAUAAUAUAAUAGAAAAUAAUAAUGAUGAUAUGUCACAAAAAAUAAAAGUAGAAAAAUCGAUUGAAGAUAAUAUUUCUUAUUUUGUUGAUAAUAAUAUUAUGUAUAUACCAAAUAAUAUAAUUAUAAAAGAUGCGAAUGAUUGUUUGAAACAUAAUAUUGAUAUACGAUUUUUUAUAGAAACUAGUGAAAAGGUAAAACAUAGUCAAAUAUUAAAUUUUAAUGAUUUAAGGCAACGUAUAUUAGAAGAAUUAAAAUAUCCUGAUCGAAUUAAUGGUGUAAAAAGUAAAACCAUUCCAUCAUUAAAUAAAUAUUUAUAUGGAUUAAGAAUGGGAGAAUUAUCUAUAUGGACAGGUUCUACAGGUGUAGGAAAAACUACAUUAUUGUCUCAACUUUCUUUAGAUUAUUGUAUCCAAGGAGUAUCAACAUUAUGGGGAUCAUUUGAAAUAAAUAAUGUAAAAUUAGGAAAAGUUAUGUUAAAUCAAUUUUGUGGAAAAAAUCUUGAAAAAAAUAUAGAAUUAUUUGAUAUAUAUGCUGAUAAAUUUGAACUGUUACCUCUUAAAUUUUUAAAGUUCCAUGGUAGUACAAAUAUUGAUCAGGUUAUAGAUGCUAUGGAUUAUGCUGUGUAUGCAUAUGAUGUAAAACAUAUAAUUAUUGAUAAUUUACAAUUUAUGUUAAAUAUAAAUAAAUUUUCUGAUAUAUACGAAUUACAAAAUAUUGCUAUAGAUAAAUUUAGAUCCUUUAGUACAAAUAAAAAUGUUCACAUAACUUUAGUUGUUCAUCCAAGGAAAGAGGAUAAUAAUUUAUUAUCUAUUUCAUCGGUCUUCGGUAGUGUAAAAUCUACUCAAGAAGCAGAUAAUGUAUUUAUUAUACAAAGACAUGUAUCAAAAACAAAUGAAACUGUUUUUUUUAUAGAUAUUAAAAAAAAUAGAUUUAAAGGAAGUUUAGGGAAAAUACCUUACUUAUAUAAUAAAGAAAAUAUGACAAUAAAAGAAAUAUCAAUAAAUAAUUUUAAUGAGCAUGUUGUUUCAAAUACUUAUUUACCAUCAAAUAAAUUUUCUUCGUCAUCAUUACAAAAUAAUACUACUAAUAAUAACUUUAUACAAAAUGAUAAUUUAAAUUUCACUUUAUGUGAUGAAUAUGAUUAUAUGAAACAGCUAGCUGAUGAAUAUGAAUCAAAACAUGCUUUUAAAAAAGGUAAUAGAUCUAAAUUAGAUCCUAAUUUAAGGGUAAAUAAUAUAGACAUGAUAAAAACAGAAAUAAUUGAUAAUAGCGAUAUGAAUAACAAUAAAAAUGUUACUCUUUAUGUGGAUAGUUUAGAGAAUAUAAAAACCAUAUCGACUGAAGAUAAAACUAAUGAUGGUAAAAGAGGUGUAAAUGAAAUAAAAAGCAUUAAGAACAAUGAACGUAUUAAUACAUUAAAGAUUGAUGGAAAUAAAUCAUUAGCUUCUACACAAAAUUUAAAUUACCAAAAUGAAAAUAAUAAUAAUAAUAAUAAUAAUAAUAAUAAUAAUAAUAGGAGUAAACAGGAAAUGGAAAAGAAUAACGUAGAUGAUAAAUCAUCAACAGGAAAUAAUAAAAAUAUAAAUGGCAACUCAAAAGGUAAUAAGAAUAUUAAUAAUAAUAAUAAUAAUACGAACAGUAGUAGUAGUAGUAGUAGUAGUAGUAAUAAUUAUAAUAAUAAUGAGGGGAUUAAAAAUAUAUUAAACACAUCAGCACAAAAUAACCAUCCUUUUAAAGAUACAAUAUCCUCAUAUACACUAACUAAUGAAGGAUUAAUAAAAUUGUGUGAAGAACUAAAAGAUGAAGAAGCAGAAAAACUUAAAAAUCGAGUUGUCGUUCUUUCGAUGAGAAAUUGUAUAAUUGAUAAUAAUUCUUCUAUAAAAGAUAUAAGAACAUUUAUAAAAACAAAUAAAUUAAAUAUAAAAACUGCAGGAAAAAAUUUAAAAAAAAUGGAUAUAUUUAUUAGUAUUUUACAAAAUAUACCAAAGGAAUAUAUUACAAUUAAAAGUGGACAGAAAUAUGGACCAAAUAAAGGACUAGCAAAUGACAAAUCAAAAAACAAAAUAAAGGAUCCACAUAAUAAUAAUAUGUUGGAAUAUAAUAAAGUUGGAUCUAACAUUUGUGAUGGACAAAAUACAUCAUGUAUGAAUACUAAUAAGGUAUGUAGUGAAGAAGAAAACAAUAUAUACAUAAAUAAUAAUAAUAAUAAUAAUAUGAAUAAGGAACCCCAAACAUUAUUAUUAAAUGAUAGAAACGAUUCAAACUAUCAUAGUUAUAAUAAUAUUAAUUAUACAAUGGUUAAAAAUGGUAACGAAGGAAAUAUAAAUGAUUAUCUAAAUAGAAAUUAUGAAAAUAAUGUAGAUAACCAUCAUAAUGAUGAAAUUACCAAGAAAUAUAUAAAGGAUAAUAUUAUAAAUGUAGAUGAUAAUAUAAUUAAAAAAAAAGAUAUAUUUAAAUUAAAAAAUGAAAAUAAUGAAAUUACAGAGUGCACAUUUGAAUAUUUUGAAUCUAAGAAAAAAUUUGAUGAUGAUAUAGAAUCUAGAUUCUUUAUUAUAAAUAAUAAUAAUUAUAAUGAAAAUAUAAAUUUGAUAUAUAAAGAUAUAAAAUAUUGUGGAUUAGAUAUUGAAACAACAGGUUUAGAAGUGUUCGAUGAAAAUAUAAGAUUAAUUCAAAUAGCUGUAGAAAAUUAUCCAGUAAUUAUUUAUGAUAUGUUUAAUAUAAACAAAAAAGAUAUAUUAGAUGGAUUAAGAAAAGUAUUAGAAAAUAAAAAUAUAAUAAAAAUAAUACAAAAUGGAAAAUUUGAUGCUAAAUUUUUGCUUCAUAAUAAUUUCAAAAUAGAAAAUAUUUUUGAUACAUAUAUAGCUAGUAAAUUAUUAGAUAAAAAUAAGAAUAUGUAUGGAUUUAAAUUAAAUAAUAUAGUUGAGAAAUAUUUAAAUGUAAUAUUAGACAAACAACAACAAAAUAGUGUAUGGAAUAAUUCCUUGUUAAAUAAUAAUCAACUAUUUUAUGCUGCUCGUGAUUCUAGUUGUUUAUUAAAAUUAUAUAAAAAGUUAAAAGAAGAAAUCAAAAAAGAAAAUUUGAAUAUAGUAAAUGAUAUUGAAAAUAAAUGUAUCUUACCUAUAUGUGAUAUGGAAUUAAAUGGUAUUAAAGUAGAUUUAGAAAAUUUACAAAAAAGUACAAAUGAAAUAUUAAAUGAAUUAAAUAUUGAGAAAGAUAAUUUAAAAAAAAAAUUAAAAGAAGAAAAUAUAAAUGUAAAUUCUCAACAACAAGUAUUGAAAGCUUUGCAAAAAAAUAAUGUUCGUGAUAUUUCUAAUAAACUAAUAGAAAAUACAUCUGAUUCCAAUUUAAAGAAUUUUUUAAAUCAUGAAGAAAUUAUAAGUUUACGUAAUUAUAGAAGAUUAUAUAAAUUGUAUUCAGCUUUUUAUUUAAAAUUACCAUUACAUAUUAACACAAAAACAAAUAAAAUACAUACUACUUUUAAUCAAUUAAAAACAUUCUCAGGAAGAUUUAGUAGUGAAAAACCAAAUUUACAACAAAUACCUAGACAAAAAAGUAUAAGAGAAAUAUUUAUACCAAACGAUAAUAAUAUCUUCAUUAUAGCUGACUUUAAACAAAUCGAGCUUAAAAUUGCAGCAGAAAUUACCAAUGAUGAAAUUAUGCUUAAAGCAUAUAAUAAUAAUAUAGAUUUACAUACAUUAACAGCUAGUAUUAUAACUAAAAAAAAUAUACCUGAUAUUAAUAAAGAAGAUAGACAUAUAGCAAAAGCUAUCAAUUUUGGUCUUAUAUAUGGUAUGAAUUAUGUCAACUUAAAAAAUUAUGCAAAUACUUAUUAUGGUUUAAAUAUGUCUUUAGAUCAAUGUCUAUAUUUUUAUAAUUCUUUUUUUGAACACUACAAAGGAAUAUAUAAAUGGCAUAAUCAAGUAAAACAAAAAAGAGCUUUACAGUAUUCUACACUCUCAAAUAGAAAAGUUAUUUUCCCAUACUUCUCUUUUACAAAAGCUCUUAAUUAUCCUGUACAAGGUACAUGUGCUGAUAUUUUAAAAUUAGCUCUAGUAGAUUUAUAUGACAACUUAAAGGAUAUUAAUGGUAAAAUUAUCCUAUGUGUGCAUGAUGAAAUUAUAAUCGAAGUAAAUAAAAAAUUUCAGGAAGAAGCUCUUAAAAUUUUAGUACAAUCUAUGGAAAAUUCGGCUUCUUACUUUUUGAAAAAAGUUAAAUGUGAGGUUUCUGUAAAAAUAGCUGAAAAUUGGGGAUCAAAGGAUUAA